CGCGCUCACCGGCGCCCCGCCCCUCCCCCACGCUGGCCGCACCCGCAAUGGGGUGCGCGGCGUCGGCCGCCAACGGGGCCGGGCCCCGGCGGCGGGGGUGGGCGCGGGCGCGGAUGCGGCGGUACAGCGAGGCGUCCACCUCGGGUCUGCCGCCGCCGCCGCCGCCGCCGCAGGAGGCGGCGGAGUCGUCGUCCGGGGGCAGGAGGCGAGGGCGCAAGGUGGCGCCGGAGCCCAAGGAGCCGGCGGAGGAGGGGACCGCCGCGCUGCCGCCGAUGCCCGGCUCGCCCAGCUUCAGGUACUACUGCCAGAAGAAGACGGCGGCCGUCGACAGGAUCGUGGCCGACGCCGACGCCGCCGACGCCGAUGACUCCGUCAGGGUCAGAGCGACGGCGCGUCAGCUGAGCAACAGGUGCGAAAUCACGGCGACCAAGGCACACGAUUCUACCGAGGUUGCUCAACCUAAAGAGGGAACCAGAUGGCUUAGGUUCAGUGGCCUGUCCCUCGUCGCUACCGCUUGGCACAACUUGAUCAGCCGACAAAGAAGCAAACAUUCGCCGCCUCCUGCUGCCGCAACCUCUCAACCAUGACCAGGCAGCGCUGUACGGGAUCCUCAGCUUGUAAAAAACACGCACACACACGCAUGGCUCAUCCAUCCAUCCAUCCAUGCUACAUUUGCAGUCAUUUGCUGUUAUUUUCCAAUCCUGGUUAGUUCUUGUAAGCUAACCCCGCAUCCGAUAAGCUAAUCCUGUAAAUGGCGCAAGGAGCAUCAGCUCUGGACUGCUCCUGUUGUAGAGAAAAAAAAAUACUACAGCUUAGAGUUGGGGAAGGAGGGCAAUCUGGAAAUUCAUCCAAA